UUGUCUUUAUUUAUGUUUCUUUAUUCACCUCUUCUUCAUCUUUUAUUCUCUCCUUUAUCUUCUUUUCCUGAAAUAAUGUUCUUGAACCUCUGCAAUCUCUCUCCGUUGCUGCAAAACCGUCUUCGUUCUGCUGUAAAGCCAUGCCAAUAUCGAGCCUGCAUCAGCUUCUUGUUGAAGAAGGAUUUGAAACUGGAAAAUUAUCGAAAAAUUCAAGGCCUAGAAUGAAGCUCAAAGAAAGAGUUGCACUACCUGAUGACUCCAUCACUUUCCCUUUAUACCUCUGCCAAAAUGUCAAAAUGGUCGAUUUCUCCAAGGCAAAGACUGAGACAUCUAAAGGGUCAUCGAUGGUUUCAUCGGGUAGAAACAAUGACACCAGUGUGAAAAGAUCAGAAGAGAAUGCACCGAUUGAUGAAGUUGCAGUUAGGGCAGUGGUGUCUAUCCUCAGUGGAUACAUUGGCAGAUUUCUGAAGGAUGAAAAUUUUCGAAAAUCGGUUAAAGAGAAGAUCAACAAUGUCUUGGUGAGAAGGAAAGAUUGUGACGAUGGAGGGGUUUUGACAGACAUGGAAAUUGGAAUUGAGAGCAUUGAAAGAUUGGUUGAAGACGAAGGGGCAACAAACAUGGAACUUCGAAUGAAGCUGUUGAAUAAUUCAAUUCAACUUUUGAGUAUUGUUGCCUCUUUGAACUCAAAAAAUUCUAGACAAAAUUCAACUUGUGGCAUCCCCAAUGCACAUCUCUCAGCAUUGGCUCAGCUCUACAUGGCAAUAAUCUACAAGAUGGAGAAGAAUGACAGGGUUUGUGCUAGACAUUUGCUUCAAGUUUUCGUAGAUUCGCCUUUUUUCGUAAGGACUCAUUUGCUUCCUGAUCUUUGGGAGCAUAUUUUCCUGCCUCAUCUUCUGCAUCUCAAGGUUUGGUACAAUGAACAACUUGAGUCGGUCUCAAAUUUGCAUUGUAAUGAUAAAGAAAAGAGAAUGAAAGGUUUAAGCAAGGUUUAUAAUGAGCAAAUGGACAUGGGGACUACAAAAUUUGCUCUCUACUAUAAACAGUGGCUUAAAGUUGGGGCCAAUGCCCCCACAAUCCCUUCUGUGCCUCUGCCUUCAAGGUCAAGCUAUGAAGGAUCCUCAUCGAGGAGAAGACUAUCAUCGGAUUCGCUCACCUCGGAAUCCUCCUCCAUGAACAAAAAUUUGUAUCAAACUGUGUUUGGUCCCACAUCUGAGCGCAUUCCAACGCAGCUCAAUCAACAAAGAGGAGCUUCAAUCAAUGUAUGGAAUCUCCAGGGAGAAAAUUACAAUAACUUCAAUUAUGUUCAUAAGAAAGAAUCAAGAUCUAGGCGAAGAUCGUAUCGAUAUGACAGAGUUUCAGGAACAAAUCCGUGGACUGAUUCAGCUAAAUCGGAUUUUUUUCAAGUCCUGACAUGCCGCAGUAUGCCUAAAGAAAUCUCAGUGAACUCAACCAAGAGUCAGUGCAAUGUUCAAAGUUAUUCAAGUGAACUUAGCAGCACAAUUACCGCGAUCUGUUCAUCGGAAAAUCUUGCUGAAUGUGAAGUUGCAGUCAGGGUAAUUGCCAGGGCUUGGUUGAAUUCACAUGGUGAUCCUGCAGCUGAAGCUGAACUAUUAAAGGCUCCUAUAAUUGAAGCAAUGCUAGAGGUCUUGUUUGCUUCAAGUGAUGAUGAAAUUCUGGAGCUUGCAGUGUCGAUUCUGGCGGAAUUUGUAGCUCGAAACGAGGUGAAUAGGCAGAUAAUAUUGAACUCAGAUCCGCAGCUCGAGAUUUUCAUUAGACUUUUGAGAAGUAGCAGCCUGUUUCUCAAGGCUGCAGUGCUGCUUUACCUGUUGAAACCGAAGGCAAAACAGAUGAUAUCGACCGAGUGGGUGCCAUUAGUCCUUCGAAUACUCGAAUUUGGAGACCAGUUGCAGACCCUUUUCACAGUGUGCUGCAGAGCUCAUGUGGCAGCAUUUUACUUUCUGGACCAAUUACUAAACGGUUUCAAUGAAGACAAGAAUCAGGAGAAUGCAAGAGAAGUUGUUUCACUUGGGGGAUUAGGCUUGUUGAUGGAAAGAAUUGAGAAAGGAGAAAUAGAUGAGAGGAAAAAGGCUGCCUCCAUUAUGAUCUGUUGCAUCAAAGCUGAUGAAAAUUGCAGGAUUUUCUUAGCUGAAAAUGUCAACAAGGCCUCCAUUCUUGAGCUCAUUGUAGCAGAUCAGAACCUGAAGAAUUCUGGUGGAAGUGCAAUUGCUUUGUUAACUGAGCUACUCUAUUUACAAAGAAGAACCCAGAUGAUGAAAUUUUUAAAUGGAUUAAGUAGAGGGUGGGGUGGCUUCAACACUAUGCACAUUUUGUUAGUUUAUCUGCAAAGAGCUUCACCAGAAGAACGGCCACUGGUUGCAGCAAUUUUAUUACAGCUUGAUCUUCUGGAAGAUCCACUGAAGUGCAGCAUCUACAGAGAGGAAGCAGUUGAGACAAUUAUAGCAGCCAUGGAUUGCCAAACUUGUGAUGAAAGGGUUCAAGAACAAUCAGCAAGAGCUCUCAUGAUGUUGGGAGGAUAUUUUUCUGAGGCAACACCAGAGAAUUGGCUCUUGAAGCAAGCAGGCUUUCAUCAGAAAGAGGAUUCAUUCUGCAGCAACAGAAUAAUAGGCUUCCGUGAAACCUUGAAUGAAGAGGAAGAGGCAACUGAAAUUUGGCAAAAAGUGGCAGCAAUUGUGUUGGUGAAGAGUGGGAACAAGAGUUUAUUUUCAGCACUUUCGGAUUGCAUAGGCAAUGGGAUUCCAAGUUUAGCAAGAGCAAGCCUCUUCACUGUUGCAUGGCUGAGCAAAUUUCUGGCUUCUCUUGCUGAUGAAAAUUUGUUGUCAAUGGCUUGCUCAAUUCUUGGUCCUCGCCUGCUAGACUCCACAAGCUAUGAUAGAGCUCAUGAAGAACAAGCAUUGGUUUCUUUUUCAUUGCAGUGUCUCACAAAAUCUUCAGAUUAUUUCUCCAUGCUCUCAUCACUGGAAAAUGACUUCACGGCCACUCUUUGGAAUCCUUAUCAAUCUCCAUAGCUUUGGGUAAUCGUCGGGACGGUAACGUUACUUGGUAUCAUAUUCAGUAAUAUUUCAAGGAUAUCAUAUAAAGAUAUUUUUGUAAUAUAGUAAAAUCCAAUAAAAAUAUUAAUACUAUUUUACAAACAAAAGUAUUGAUC